CUCCAGGGGAGCUACAGUAUUUCCUUACUUCUGUCCCUCCCUUUGUGAAGGGACAGUUCUAAUGGCAGCCACAUGCUCUGAUGAGUCAUGGUUAAGAGCAGCAUCUGGGGCCAGGAGGUGGUGGCUGGUUAACUCUUCAUGGGCCAGUGGCUCUCUCUGCCAGAAGAUCAGGACUCCUGAGAGCAGCCUCCACGAGGCUCUGGACGAGUGCAUGACCGCCCUGGACCUCUUCCUCACCAACCAGUUCUCAGAAGCACUCAGCUACCUCAAGCCAAGAACCAAGGAGAGCAUGUACCACGCACUGACAUAUGCCACCAUCCUGGAGAUGCAGGCCAUGAUGACCUUUGACCCUCAGGACAUCCUGCUCGCUGGCAACAUGAUGAAGGAGGCACAGUUGCUAUGUCAGAGGCACCGGAGGAAGUCUUCCGUAACAGAUUCCUUCAGCAGCCUGGUGCACCGCCCCACACUGGGCCAGUUCACUGAAGAGGAAAUCCAUGCUGAGGUCUGCUAUGCAGAGUGCCUGCUACAGCGAGCAGCCCUGACCUUCCUGCAGGACGAGAACAUGGUGAGCUUCAUCAAGGGCGGCAUCAAAGUUCGAAACAGCUACCAGACCUACAAGGAGCUGGACAGCCUUGUCCAAUCCUCACAAUACUGCAAGGGCGAGAACCACCGGCACUUUGAAGGAGGAGUGAAGCUGGGUGUGGGGGCCUUCAACCUGACACUGUCCAUGCUUCCUACUAGGAUCCUGAGGCUGCUGGAGUUUGUGGGGUUUUCAGGAAACAAGGACUACGGGCUGCUGCAGCUGGAGGAGGGUGCGUCGGGCCACAGCUUCCGCGCCGUGCUGUGUGUCAUGCUCCUGCUGUGCUACCACACCUUCCUCACCUUCGUGCUCGGUACCGGGAAUGUCAACAUCGAGGAGGCUGAGAAGCUUUUGAAGCCCUACCUGAACCGGUACCCUAAGGGUGCCAUCUUCCUGUUCUUUUCAGGGCGGAUUGAAGUCAUUAAAGGCAACAUUGACGCAGCCGUCCGGCGUUUCGAGGAGUGCUGUGAGGCCCAGCAGCACUGGAAGCAGUUCCACCACAUGUGCUACUGGGAGCUGAUGUGGUGCUUCACCUACAAGGGCCAGUGGAAGAUGUCCUACUUCUACGCCGACCUGCUCAGCAAGGAGAACUGCUGGUCCAAGGCCACCUACAUCUACAUGAAGGCCGCCUACCUCAGCAUGUUUGGGAAGGAGGACUACAAGCCCUUUGGGGACAACGAAGUGGAAUUAUUUAGAGCUGUGCCAGGUCUGAAGCUCAAGAUUGCUGGGAAAUCUCUACCCACAGAGAAGUUUGCCAUCCGGAAGUCCCGGCGCUACCUCUCCUCCAACCCCAUCCCGCUGCCAGUGCCUGCUCUGGAAAUGAUGUACAUCUGGAACGGCUACGCUGUGAUUGGGAAGCAGCCGAAACUCACGGAUGGGAUACUUGAGAUUAUCACCAAGGCUGAAGAGAUGCUGGAGAAAGGUCCAGAGAACGAGUACUCAGUGGAUGACGAGUGCUUGGUGAAAUUGUUGAAAGGCCUGUGUCUGAAAUACCUAGGCCGUGUCCAGGAGGCCGAGGAGAAUUUUAGGAGCAUCUCUGCCAGUGAAAAGAAGAUUAAAUAUGACCACUACUUGAUCCCAAAUGCCCUGCUGGAGCUGGCCCUGCUGUUUAUGGAGCAAGGCAGAAAUGAAGAGGCCAUCAAACUCUUGGAAUCUGCAAAGCAAAACUACAAGAAUUACUCCAUGGAGUCAAGGACACAUUUUCGAAUCCAGGCAGCCACACUCCAAGCCAAGUCUUCCCUAGAGAACAGCCGCAGAUCCAUGGUCUCAUCAGUGUCCUUGUAGCUUUGUGCAGCAGUUCCGGGCUGGAAGACAAACAGAGACAGCUGGACAGAGCUCCUGGAAACAUUUCAAAAGAUCCUCUCCCCCUGCCCUGCCCUGCCCUGCCUUUGGGGUCCACUGGCACCCCAGUUGGAUGGCAUGACAUGGGUAUCUGUGCAGAAGCCAAGCUGGCAUUUUCACCAGUGUGGCCAAGGGCUUUUGCCAAGGACAGAGCAGGUAGAGCCCUCUGCUUGCCCUAUCACACAUACGGGUACUUGCUUUUCACUGUGAUGUUUAAGAGAAUGUAUGAACAGUUUACAUUUUCCUUAGAAAUAUAUGGAUGGGAUCACAGUUAGCUUUAAAAACCAACAACAACCAACCACCUGCAAGUCUUUGUUUUCACCUAUUAUGAUCUGGAGGUAAAUCUCUUUAUAUGAUGCCAAAGGGCAAAUUGCUUUUCAAAUUCAGCAAGUUCUCAGCUUGUGUGACUGAAGGGCCUUCACAGGACCUGAGAAAUGCCUGGGAGAGGCUAAGCCUCAGGUUUUAAUGCUCCUGGGGCUGGGCAUGAGGAUGCACACCGACACCCACUACCUUCCUACUCACACUUCAUUUCACUCCUUUUGUAAAUUUCCAAUUUAAAAAUCAGCACGUCUUUUUAGUGAGAUAAAAUCUGAGCUCUUCUGUAGAAAAAUCAGUCUCCACCAGUAGGAAAUACCAGGGCUUGAUGGAAGAGCUGUGUGGCCUUUUCUGUGCCAAAGGCAGGAAGUUGGGGGGCAGGAGGAGGUUCUCAGAAGCCAGUCUGUAUCUUUGCUGUAUGUCAAACUGAAACCACUGGGACUAAUUUAUGAAACUUAAAAGUCUUCUGUACUUCACUCCAAAGUCAUUUACUUACUGACAACAUUUUUCUUAGAACUGAUAUUCUUGACCUGUUGUGUAUGUAUUAGAUUCUUCGGUUAAGAGAAAAGAGAUAUUAAAGUGAUAAAAUGUAUGCCCUUAAGGGAUCAUGCAACAUAUAUUUCAAUAAAAUAUGUGUUGCUUGAAUCCUUAGGUCAGGCAGAAAGUCUUGAUCGGAAGCCACAUGGCCUAUGUUUGUUUUAUUUAGACCACACAUGUUUUAAACUCUUUGAAUAAGUUACCAGCAUUCACAAAUGGGGAGAUUUCACAAAUGAAUCUGUUUCCUGGCCUGUAAUUAAAAAAAAAAAAAUCUGGCAACACUAAGCCUCAUUCCCACAAGGCAACAAUCAGCCAGAGCUAACUCGAAGCUACUUUAAACACUUGUUACCUUUCUGACCCCUGAAAGCAUCUGAAUUUGUGAUCUCUGGGACUGUUGAGAACUCAGCUUCAAUGACCAACACCAGGUUUUACCCUUCACUUUUUUUUUUUUUUUUUGGAAGGGAAAUUUGUAUUAUUUUAAAGAAAACAAGUGUACAUUUAACCCA